CCCUCACAACUUUUCUCACCAAUCCCACCCUCUGUCCCUCCUCUAUCUUUCUUUUUGCUCUCGUAAUCUCUCUUCCAAAAAGUUCAUGUAACCAUCUCUUCCUCCUCAUUUCCUCUGUGUUUUUUUUUUCCCUUUUAAAUUCGUGAAACACCAUAAUAAAAAGAGUUCCAAAAUGGGAUUGUUUUUUUAGUGACAGCUUUGUAUUUUCAAGUGUUAAAAGUUAGUUAGAAAAGUACUGAAGGCACACUCACCUGUGCAGGAAAAUGGCUCCAGUUGGGCUUCUGUUGGUGGGUUUUCUCUCAAUGUUCUUAUCUGUUCAUGGGUAUGGCUACGGUGGAGGGUGGAUUAAUGCUCAUGCCACCUUCUAUGGAGGGGGUGAUGCUUCUGGAACAAUGGGCGGGGCCUGCGGCUAUGGAAACCUCUACAGCCAGGGAUAUGGAACUAACACUGCAGCUCUGAGCACAGCCCUGUUCAACAAUGGGUUAAGCUGUGGAGCUUGUUUUGAGAUUAGAUGCGUUAAUGACCCAAAGUGGUGCCUCCCAGGCUCCAUUGUAGUUACAGCCACUAACUUCUGCCCACCCAACAAUGCCCUUCCAAACAAUGCUGGGGGUUGGUGCAACCCUCCCCAACAUCAUUUUGAUCUCUCUCAGCCUGUUUUCCAACACAUUGCUCAAUAUAGAGCUGGGAUUGUUCCUGUGGCUUACAGAAGGGUGCCCUGCAGGAAGAGGGGAGGCAUCCGUUUCACCAUCAAUGGUCAUUCAUACUUCAACCUAGUCCUCAUAACCAACGUCGGAGGUGCGGGCGAUGUGCAUGCUGUUUCGAUCAAAGGGUCAAGGACUGGGUGGCAACCAAUGUCAAGGAACUGGGGCCAGAACUGGCAGAGCAACACCUAUCUCAAUGGUCAGAGCUUGUCUUUCAAGGUCACCACCAGUGAUGGGCGUAGCGUAGUCUCUUACAAUGUUGCUCCUGCUGGCUGGUCCUUUGGCCAGACCUUUAGCGGAGCCCAGUUCCGCUAGAGAGACUCUCAGAGAUCAUCCCUAAACUCUACAGCCAAAUUUCGAAGUAUCUCUCUCCACAAUAUUUAGCUGCUGCAGUCUGCAGCCUGCAGCCGGGUGGUAGGAUAUAAUAUUAUACUAAUGAAGUAUAAGUGUUAGGAUGUUAGAGUAUAGUAUAUAGAUGGAAUGGAAGAAUUGGGUGAAAUGAGGAGGGCUUAUUUUAAAAUGGCCCUCAUCAUUUUGUUUUAAUUGUGGGAUUUCCAUUCGUGGGUCCCCUCUAUUUUGGAGGUCUAUUUGACUGUUUGUUUGAAUGAGCCAACAAACAGAGAGGAGUGUACUUUUUCUGUUGUAAAACAGCGGUUGGCAGAGGUGAUCCUUGUCACCCGCCACUAGAAUAGCAAUAGUUUUCUACUUUUUAGGUAGCAUUCUCUUGCAAGGUCAUUGUAAUCAGCUUUGGCUGAAUAUGUCCUUGGUUUAUAUAUUAUUAUAUUUGAGCUAUAUCAGACUGUAAAUGUACUUCUCCAGUUGCUCUAGUAAUGGAAAACAAGAGUUUCAUCUUC